AAUGUUUCCAUCGUGGAAUAUCACAGAACGAACUCCGACAACAAACAACCGAUGUCGAUGAAGCCACGAGGACAUCGUGUUGUGCAGGAUGCGGCAGCGGGAGAAGCGCCUGCACGUCAGUGUGGUUCUGAACAAACGCGUCAAAAGAGAAAGAAGAGAAGAAAGGAAAGUUUCAACUCAUAUAUCUUCCAGGUUCUUCAGCAAGUGCAUCCUGGCAAGAGCAUGUCUAAGCUGGGCAUGAGCACAAUGAACGGACUCGUGUGGGACGUAUUUGAGCGACUCUUACUCGAGACCUGUCUUCUAGUGAAUAUCUCAAAACGGAGCACGAUCACACAUAAGGACGUAGAAGCUGCUACUCGGCUCGUCUACAGAGGUGACCUUGCCCUUCACGCCGUGAUGGAAGGCAGCCGAGCAAUGCGGCGAUUCAAUUCAAACCGCGAAGCCCACGCUGAUGAGACCGAGGGGCAUGACCAAGCGGAUCAGCCAGCCCAACGAUCUGCACAAUUAUCGGAAAUGAAGAAGUAGUUCAUUCUACAAUAGAACUUAUUCCUGAAGAAAUUCGGUGUGACGACUGGGUAACUGUACACUGCGUGGAAACAGCUGAAAUUGAUCUUUGUCGUUGUGAUCUGAGGCUUGUGAUGUUGACAUGUGAAUGAUAGUGGUAUUUGAUCGUGCAACGUACAAGCGUCUGGGUGAGUUAGGUGAGUAGUUAUGGUACUAUAACCAGCUUAACUGGCUUAACGGCGUCAACAUAUAAUAUAUAAUACAGGGGCGUGGGCUGUAAAUACAUUUAAAGUGAGAGAUAUCUCUCUUCGCACAUCUCGAUUACCUCGAUACCCUAAUAACAAUCAUACAAUUAUAACAACAGCAAUAUUAGAAACAAAACGAAGAACUGCAAUACUUUUGCCGUGGGCUCAAGUUCGUGCAUGUGUGUGUGUGUGUGUGUG